CUCCUCCACCACCACCACCACCACCACCACCACCAUCACCAGACGUGCAUCCACAGAUUAGGCCUAGACGGUUCUACGUUCUUCAGGUACAGGCAUCUAAAAGCUCCCCCCAGGCAGGAGGAGCUCUCCCCCGGCAUGACCUGAGAGGAGAGGCAGGAAGUCGUCGGACGCUCUGUAGCAACAUGGGCAACCAGGAGGCUAAGCAAAAGAAAGCAGCUGCAGCAGCAUCGGGUAAUGGAAGCUACCCUUCACUGGACGAAGGAUGGAGAGAGGGUGGAGGGGACGGCACAAAAAAGGGAGGAAAGAAACUCCACGGUAAGCAUGGAGGAGGAGGAAUGCAUGGCACAGGACCAGGAAAGAAGAAAAACAAAUCCGAGUCCAAGUCCUCUGUUUUCUCCAUCCGGAAGAGAAAGGGCAACCUGAAAGGGAAAGGAGACGCGUGUUCGUCGGUGACGGGCUCAAAGGAGGACGUUUUAGCAUCUCACCAUGACGAACUGGACAGCACAAAAACACCUGAGAUGUCCGCGGAUGAGCUCGGACAGUCGGACACUGAGGUCGAGAAGAAAAAGAUACCAGAGCCAGCGAUAAAAAAGGUUGAAGAUGGACGAGAGAAGAAGCAGCAAGAGAUGCAGCGGAAAGCCUCGACGGCAGCCACGUCUCCUACAGAGGAUGGGGGGCAGAAGGGAGGGAGCUCGGGGUCGGACACGGAUAUCUACAGCUUCCACUCGGCGGCUGACCACGAGGAUUUGCUAGCGGACAUCCAGCUCGCUAUAAGGCUCCAGCACCAACAGCAGCAUGGGGGGGUUAACUCGAUUGUGGAAACACAGGGAGGUGGCGGAAGGGAUCUGAGCUGGGGAGGAGGAGGAGAGGGGAAGAGGAAGCAGAGCAAUGGGGGAGUUAAAUUAACUCCUCCUGAGGUGCUUGACCUGACACCGGAAUUAGAGCUGGGUUCUGAUGCCCUGUCAUUCCUGGAGACGGGACCUCUGUCUGGCUCUGUCAAACACACGGAGCAGCCACCAACCCCGACACCACACCUCCCCGUCCACACAGAGGUGCACGAGAGGAGGGAGGAGAAGGGGAAGGAGGGGGUGGAGCAUCCGGAGCUAAAUGGGAAUGGGCAGAGGGAGAGAGAAGCCUCUCUUUGUGCUGCCACGGGCACAAAAGACCAGCAUGCUUGGGUGCAGCAGCCCCCUCACACAGCUAUCACCAUGGCUACUGCCGGGGGGGCAGCAGUCAGCCCGGUCACCAUGACAACUGGUGGUAACAGCUUCCCCGAUCUCACAUUUGACAGUGCUGGGAAAACCCCAGGGGACGAAGAGGAAGAGGAAGAGGAAGAGGAAGAGGAAGCAGGAGAGGAGGAGGAGAGGGUGCCCAGGGUGGAUGUAGAUCUCAGUCCUCCACACACCGCAGACAGCCACGACAAAAGUCCCGAACCCACCGAAGGGCUGAGCUCAGGGACCGUGUUCGAAGAAGGUGAGGGUCAGUUGGCCUCGGGUACCAGUGCAGAGUCCCUCGAGGACUGCCUGAGCACUGGAUCCGAAUCCAACCACUCUGCUGCCGCCAGCAGCGGUGGCUCGCCGUCCUACCAGCGGUGCAGGAGGAGCAGUGUGUGCUUCACCCCGCUGCCUCCCCAGGAGAGCCCCACAUUGGCCAAACGACUCCUCAGGUCCUCCCACUCCUCCGCCUCCUCUAGCCCUGUGGUGAAACCCUACCCUCCCAUCUUCCCUUCCUACAUCAAGACCACAACGAGACAGCUCAGCUCCCCAGGACUCUCCCCAGCCCUGUCCCCCUCCCACAGCCCCCUAUCCCCGCGCAGAGCCCACCACCACCUCCACAGGACGUUGGCCGAGGGUCAUCAUGCCCGCAGGCAGCGCUCUCGAAGCCUCGCCGGGCCUCUGAGUCGCUCGGCCGACUGGACGGAGGAGCUUGAGAGGAGGCUGAGGAGCAGAGAGGAGGACGGAGGAGGUUCAGGAGAAUAUCUGGUGGGCUACAGAGGAGGAGGCAGUCAACCCCUCUGUGCUACCAGAAGAUCCUCCUGUGGACAGGUUUCUACCUGCGGCUUUCAGGACAUCUUCACAGGUCGAACUCUUCUGGAGAAACUGUUCCUGCAGCAGCAGCAGGAGGAGCCCGAGGAGGCUGAGAGGCUCUGCUCCAGGAUCCUGGCCAUGGGUCUUCUGCUGCCUUUCUCCGACUGCUUCAGAGAGCAGCUGGGAGACAGCCCCGCCCACAUCACCUCCACCGCAUCGGCCAAGUUCGACCAUGACCAGCUGUAUACAUGGGCAGCAGUUAACCAGCCGACUCACUCCCUGGAUCCUCUGGAAGGGAAACUAGCAGGGCAGCUCAGGGGCCCCUGGCCUCCAACUAAGCCAGGCGAAGACAACAGGACUCGACUCAAAUCCACAGAGGCUGAAGACAAUCAAGAACACCAUGCAGCCGUCUUGGGUUUGGUGCAACAACAGAAGGAGAGUCAAGAGGAGGAAUGUGUCCUUCCUUCAACAAAACUGAAGCAAAAACACGUCAACGUCAUCCAACAGCUGGAACAAACCAUAGAAGACCUCAGGACUAAGAUCGCCGAGCUGGAGCGACAGCCCCCUCUGCUGGACAAGGACAGUAUUAUGAAACCCAGCACCACCUCCACCACGGACAGGGAGUGUGGAGGAGAGGAGGGCCUGCUGAGGGUGGUGUGUGACGCUCACCUGCAGACCGAAGCGGCUCCCGCUCCGGGCUGCCUGGAGGCCAAGUCGGUGCAGACCUCGCCCAUGGACGACAGCUUUAAGUUCAAAGUGCCUUGUAGUGAGCCGGCGGGAGGGAACGACUUCCUGCAGCCUCCGCCGAGGCAGGACGCCUUCCAGUGUUCGUGUCAGCUGCAGCCUCCUCCUCCACCUCCACCUCCACCUCCCCUUCCAGGAGGAGCAGCACCUCCUCAGCCUUUACCGGGACAGAUAGUGGCUCCUCCUCCCCCACCACCUCCUCCUCCACCGUUACCAGGAGGUGCAAUGCCAGCUCCUCCACCUCCACCACCCCCUCCACUCCCAUGUGGUUUUGGUCCACCUCCACCCCCUCCACUCCCUGGUGGUUUUGCUCCACCUCCUCCUCCUCCACUCCCUGGUGGCCUUGCUCCACCCCCUCCUCCUCCUCCUCCUCCUCCUCCUCUCCCUGGCGGCAUUGCUCCACCUCCUCCUCCGUUACCAGGAAUGGGAGCCCCACCUCCUCCUCCACCACCACCUCCAGGCUGUGGGCCUCCUCCACCACCUCCUCCACCAGGAGCCUUCUGUGUCCCCCCAGCUCUCCCAGGGAGCCUGGGAUCCCUGCCUCCUCCUCUGCCGUUUGGGCUGUACGCUCUGGGUCUGACCCAGGAGAAGCCGCCCAGGAAGGCUGUGGUGGAACCUCCGAGGCCCAUGAAGCCCCUCUACUGGACCAGGAUCCAGCUCAACACCAAAAAGGAGGUUUCUUCUUCUUCUUCGUUGGUGUGGGACACAAUUGAGGAGCCUGACAUGGACUUUGAAGAGUUUGUAGAGUUGUUCUCCAAAACAGCAGUGAAGGAGAAAAAGCAGCCGCUCUCUGACACGAUCACCAAGUCCAAGGCCAAACAGGUUGUGAAGCUCCUAAGCAAUAAGCGUUCUCAGGCAGUAGGAAUCCUCAUGUCCUCCCUGCAUCUGGACAUGAAAGAUAUCCAGCAUGCCAUCCUGAACUUGGACAACACAGUAGUUGACCUGGAGACCCUGCAGGCCCUGUAUGAAAAUAGGGCACAACAGGAGGAACUGGACAAGAUUGAAAAGCACAUCAAGUCCUCAAAAGACAAGGAGAACGCCAAACCUCUGGACAAACCCGAGCAAUUCCUCCACCAGCUCUCCCUGAUCCCAAACUUCUCCGGCAGAAUCUUCAGCAUCCUCUUCCAGUCCAGCUUCUCUGAGUGCAUGUUGUCCAUAAUGAAGAAACUGGACACACUGCAGAGGGUAUGCAAGGCGUUGCAGGACAGUGAGAAGGUGAAGCAGAUUCUCGGUCUGAUUCUGGCUUUUGGGAACUUCAUGAAUGGCGGCAAUCGCACCAGAGGCCAAGCUGACGGCUUCACCCUCGACAUCCUGCCCAAACUCAAAGAUGUCAAGAGCAGUGACGGCGUGAAAAGUCUUCUAUCUUACAUUGUUGCGUACUACCUCAGACACUUCGACGAGGAUGCUGGUAGAGAGACGUCUGUGUACCCUCUCCCUGAGCCUCACGACCUGUUCCAGUCUUCACAGAUGAAAUUUGAAGACUUUCAGAAAGACCUGAAUCGACUCAAGAAGGAUCUGAGAGCGUGCACGUCAGAAGUGGAAAAGGUGUGCAAGGUUUCAGACGAGGAUAACCUGCAGCCUUUCAAAGACAUGAUGGAGGAAUUCCUCGCAAAAGCUAAAAGUGAACUGGAGACCCUGGAAGCUCAACUCAGCAGCACUCACAAACUGUUCCUGGAGCUCACAGUGUUCUUCUCAGUGAAGGCCAAGUCAGGAGAGAAGGAGGCUUCACCCAACACGCUAUUCUGCGUCUGGCACGAGUUCUCGUCUGACUUCAAGGACCAAUGGAAGAAGGAGAACAAAGUCAUUCUCAAGGAGAGGUUAAAAGCAGCAGAGGAGUGUUUCCGACAGGCCAAGGAGAAGGCUUCCUACAGCGUCAAACCCAAACAUGCCACUGGCAUCAAAGCCAAGCUUGGCAUGAAGAUUUGACCCGGUGGACUUGGAAGGCUCGUUUUCCCCGACUUUGGGCACCAGCAGUGAGUCACAGACAAAAAAAAAAAAGUAUGGACAGAAGAGAAAAAUGAAGGGAUGUAUGUGCAGCGGAGCCUACUCUGGACAUCUCGUUUCAUUGAUUUAUUUCUU